AUGCUGACCGACAUCACUGCUUUCCUCGCCGGCACAACUGGAAACUGCCCCUUUCCCCGGCCCAGGGGUGCCGGCGGCUCCCCCGGGCUCCGGCUGGAGCGCUGGCCUAGCCGUGGCGUGGCGGGCAGGCCCGGCCCGGCCCGGCCCGUGCCGUCGCCAUGGCGACGCGGAGACGGGGCGCGCCGGGGGCUGACCCUGCGGGGCUGCCGUAGGAGGCCGGGCAGCUUCGCGCCGCCAUUGCUGCGGGGAGGGCGGAUGGCGGCGGAGGAGCCGCCGGUCGCUACCUUCGAGCGGCGGGUGCUGCGGAGCGCGGCGGAGCACCACUACCUGCGCGUCCGCUUGGAGCUGCCGGACGGCGGGGCCCGACCGAGCGUCGCGCAGUUCAAGCAGUUGGUGGUGUCGGCGCUGAGGGAGCUGCACGGAGAGGUUGGAGCAGCUUUGCCUGUUGAUGUCUUAACAUAUGAGGAAAAAACUCUGUCUGCCAUAUUAAGAGUUAUUAGCAGUGGCCUUGUCAAGCUGUGGAGUGCUCUAACAUUGCUGGGCUUCUACCAGAACAGGAGGUGUGCCUUUCGAGUAAUGCAGAUAUCUCCAUUUCUUCUUGCGUUAUCUGGCAACAGUCGAGAACUAGUCUUGGACUGAAUGCAGUUAUUGGUUUGGUUGUACGAAGCAGAAGUUGCCCGAGAUGUUGCGGCCCUUCAGGUGUGGAAUUUCUGGAGGGGAUUUCCGACAAAGAGCCUUGACAAAACUAACAGUUAUUAGCUCACUGCCUGGACAUCCUGUACUUCAGAGUUUACACAUAAAAGUUGGAGACAAAGCUGAACUUACCAAAGCUUUUACACAGAAUGAUGUUGUUACUUUUUCUGAUUUAACAGGUGACACAAAUCCUUUGCAUUUAAAUGAAGAUUUUGCAAAGAAAUCUAGAUUUGGGAGAACUAUUGUACAUGGCGUUUUGAUCAAUGGACUUAUUUCUGCAGUUCUGGGUACUAAAAUGCCUGGUCGAGGUUGUGUAUUUCUUUCUCAGGAGAUCCGAUUUCCAGCUCCUUUGUAUACUUGUGAAGAAGUCAUAGCUUCAGCAGAAGUUAAACGACUGAUGGGUUCUAUUGCACACAUUUCAGUAUCAUGUAAUGUCAAAGAAAGUGGAAAGACUGUUAUGGAGGGGAUGGUGAAAGUCAUGGUGUCAGACAGUGAGAGCUGUUAAUCCUAUGCUGCUUUACUAUAAAGGCCAGAAAUGUAUGCUUGGUUUUGACUCUGUCUUUUAACAGCAUGACAUCAUGUAAUCCAGUAAAUUUUCAACAAAAAACCUUCA